AAUUAACGUCUCUAAUUUCAGGAAAAUGAUGAAAAUAAAUCAGAAAACUUUCACAUGAAUUCCUAAUUUUUAAUAGCAAACAUAUAGCCGCCAAAUAGGGGAUACUUUCCAAUAGCACUAAUAUAUAUAUAUUGAUUGUUGUCUUGAAGAUAAUGUUGGUGAGUAAACUUGUUGCCUGGUAUCUCUGCCGCACCCAAUAAUAUUGUUGUCAACUAUUUCUACGGUACCCUCAAAUUCAUACCUAUAUAUAUAUAUAUAUAUAUAUAUAUAUAGUUCGCACUUGACAGCAGCAAGAAAUUAUAAAUCAUCUUAUAGCCAGUGGAUUGUUGUGCGGUCUAGUAACCUUAGCUUUUCUUUCUGCUAUUAAUUCAUAUUGUUUAUGACUUUUAUUUUUAUUAUACAUCUAUAGUUAAGGUGCUUCUUGAUAUUCUACUAAAGUAACCUCUAGGCUCUGGCACUGACCUAAUGUAGAAAGUAUGGGUUUAAAAAGGCUAACGUGAUGUAUACACCAAUCAUGCUUAUUUAUAUCAAUUUGCUGCAGGAAGAAGGAUAUUACAUGAUAUAUACACCAUCUGAUCCACUUCUUUUUGUUGCGGUGAAGGAUCAGAAUGGAAUUUUGCAAAUUGCUGACGAUGAACUGCUUGAGGAUCCUGCUAUCACCAGCGCUAUAGAUGAAGAGACUGAAUUUAAUGCCUUGGUGGAGGAAGAAGCUGCGCUCCUCGAUGGAAUGUUGGGUGAAAGAUAACCCCAUAUUUACUUUCUGCAAUAGAGCUGUCCCACACUCCCACCAAUGUUUUGCUUUUAGCGGGUUCGUUUGCGUGUUGAAGAAAGAAGCUGCUAUUCGUAACUUAACCGGAUAUAAAAUGUUAUCCAACAUGAAACACAUUUUGUCCUCUGAAUUGUCCCAGCUUGGUCUGUUUGCAUGUCAACAAAUAUCUGGGGAUAGAACGGCUCCUUUGUCUGCUUGAUCAAUUUUGUAUGUAUGGUUCCUCCUUAUUAUUUGGAGUUUAAUUUUGAUAUUUGUAAAUGUAAUUUUUUUAUCAUGACAAGUAUGAUUGAACAACAAUUUAUAAGUUUACAGUA